AUGGCUCUCUACAGUUCUUUCACUGAGAAAGCUAAAGUGGUGGAGGCAGAGAUGGCCAAUACAUCUGUUCGAAGCGGGAAAGUAGAGAUUGACGGUGCCAAUGGCAUCAGGGGAGUUUCGAGCGCUACUCUAGAGUCAUUUUCUCAUCUGGAUGAGAAGAAGAUCCUUCGCAAAAUGGAUCUUCGGUUGAUCCCCAUGCUUGCGAUCCUCUAUCUUCUCUCUUUCUUAGACCGAGGAAACAUUGGCAAUGCGAAAAUUGAGGGCCUCCAAGAGGAUCUCAACCUGUCGCCCGAUCAGUACAACUGGUGUCUCACUGUUUUCUUCUUCACAUAUGCAGCUUUUGAGGUACCCUCGAAUCUACUUCUCAAGAGGCUCCGCCCCAGUGUCUGGCUUCCCACAAUCAUGGUUGCUUGGGGCACGGUUAUGACCCUAAUGGGCAUCGUACGAAACUAUCACGGCCUUCUCAUCGCGCGCAUCUUCUUAGGCGUCACCGAGGCGGGUCUGUUUCCAGGUGUUGCUUACUAUUUAACCAUGUGGUAUUGUCGACAUGAGAUCCAGUUUCGCCAAGCGCUGUUCUUCUCCGCAGCCUCAAUCGCCGGUGCUUUCAGUGGCCUAUUGGCCUUUGCUAUUGCUAAGAUGGAUGGAACUGCUGGGCUGGAGGGCUGGCGCUGGAUCUUUAUCCUUGAAGGAAUUGCGACAGUGGUGGCAGCGGUGCUGGCCUUUUUUAUCCUACAAGAUUUCCCAGAGACGGCUACGUUCCUCACUGAAGAAGAGCGAGCCUUUGUGGUACUCCGUCUGAAGUAUCAGGCACAAGCAGGUAAACUUGACACAGACCAGGUGCAAGUUGCACAGGCCGAAGAGUUCCAAUGGAAGUAUGUCUGGAGUGCCUUUAAAGACUGGCAGAUUUGGGUCAGUAUCGUGGUUUAUUGGGGCAUCGUUUGUCCCCUGUAUGGAAUCAGCUUGUUUCUUCCUACCAUCAUAAAGAAUUUGGGAUACACGUCGAACAAGGCCCAGCUCAUGACAAUCCCUAUCUACAUCACAGCUGCUAUUCUCGCCGUUGUCGUGGCAUACGUUUCGGAUCGUGUUGGAAAGCGAAGCCCCUUCAUCAUUACUCUGCUCUGUAUCAUGAUUGUUGGCUUCUCCAUGUGUAUCUCAUCUAGUAAUCCAAGGGUAGUCUACGGUGGCGUAUUUAUUACAGCCUGUUCCAUCUAUCCAGCCUUCCCUGGUAUCAUUUCUUGGCUUGCAAACAACCUGGCCGGCAGCUACAAGAGGAGCGCCGGUAUGGCACUUCAGAUUGGUAUCGGAAAUCUUGGCGGAGCCAUGGCAUCGAAUUUCUACCGACAAAAGGACGGCCCUCGAUAUAUUCUCGGUCACGCAUUGGAGCUUGGCUUCAUUAGCGCUGGAAUCAUUGCCGCCCUCAUUUUAGUCUUUGCAUACCUGCAAAUCAACAGAAAGCGCGAAGCCAAGGUGGCUCGGGGCGAUAUGAAUCAAUACACCGCUGAGCAGCUUUCUGGUAAAGGUGACAAGGCAUUGACUUGGAGAUACAUGCUGGUCAAGAUGUUGGAAUUGCGCACCCUGUCAGCUGACGAUUGGGAGGCAUGGAAAGCUGUGCGCCUGAGAGCGCUGGCAGAUACGCCAGGUGCCUUUGGUUCUGGAUUCAACGACUGGGCCAACGCACCAGAAUCUCGGUGGCGCAGCAGACUAUCAAUACGAAAUGCAAUUGAUCUUGUGGCAUACAAGGUUGAUGAGACUGCCAGCGAGCGCGCAAUUGGAAUGGCAACCGGGGUCCCGACAGGGAAUGAGGGGGCUGAGAUUAUCUCAAUGUGGGUGGACCCUAGCUUUCGAGGUAGAGGACUCGCUUCUUCUCUUAUAGGAAGAAUUGCGAGCUGGGCCGUACAGUCUGGAUUCGUCGAGCUUCGACUUGCAGUGCGACCAGAUAAUGCUACAGCACGAUCAGUAUACCAACGCAACAGCUUCAUGGUAUCCGACGAGCCGGGUGAUGAGAUUCCUGACGGCAGGCGCGAAAUAAUAAUGGUUCGCAACCUCAAAAAUAACCAGGCUUCUAGCUCCUCAAUAACAAUCGUCAAUCAUUAA